AUGCUUUGCAACGCCUCCCUUCUCUUGGCUAGUGCUCUUGCACUCGGUGCCUUCGCCGCACCUAUUCCCGCCGACUGCCCUGACAGUCACAACGAGAACACCUCCACCGCUCCUGCAAGCAACAACAAGGCCAUUGCCGGUUCUGUGACUGCAGCUCAGCUUACACAGAUUGCCCCGGAGACUGCAUCGUGCUCUGGCGCACCUUUCCCGGAUGAGUGCGUAGAUGCUGCUACAGCAGCUACCGCCCUCAACAAGUCCUUCGACACGUACGGCAUCAAGACUGCUGGAGAGAAGGCAGCUCUCAUUGCCUACACCUUGUUUGAGUCCGGUAACUACAAGUACAGCAAGAACCACUUCCCCGGCCGCCCAGGACAGGGAACCCGCAUGAUGGCCAUGCCUCCUUUCAUCUCCAAGUAUGCUACUGCUGUUGCCGGCGCAGACGCUGUCGCUACGGCAAAUGCUGCUGGCGGCGACGCCGGUGCGGUUGCUGUUCUGGCUCUUGUCAACAGCGAUGAUGAGAAGAGCUUUGGAAGCGCAGCCUGGUUCUACAGCACUCAGUGCUCGGCGGACGUCAAGGCUGGCGUGGUUGCCGAGACUGUCGAAGGGUGGCACAACUUCUUGACAACGUGUGUUGGUACUACUUUGGACGAAGCUCGCGACACCCCCUGGGUAUCCGCAAAGGCGGCCAUCCUUGCGUAG